CAUAAAUAUGCUAUCUUUUAUGAAUGAAUUACAAGUGGAAAAUCAAAAACAUUACAUUGUGAGGUAAUUUGAUUAAAUAAUGGAGCAAAUAUUUAUGAUUGAAGUAUUCGUAAAGAAGAUAGUAUUAAAAAUCGAGCCACCAGAGAAAGAUGAAUAUGAACUCAAAAUGGAAGAGGAGGAGAGGAAGAGAGAGGCGGAGGCCUUAGCUGCAGCAGAAGCAGCAAAAAAGGGCAAAAAGGAAAAACCAGCUAAGAAAGGAAAAAAAGGUAAAGAGCCUCCCUUACCUUCUGAAGAGGAAAUGAAAUUCAUGCAAACAUGUACAAUGCAAUUUAAUUGCUUACCAUUGUUUGAUUUUUAUGUUGCUCAUGAUAACUUCAUCCCACCUCCUCCUCCACCACCACCUGGUAAAGGAAAGAAACCCCCAAAACCAAAAGGAAAGAAAGGAAAAGUACAACCAGUAAAAAUAGAGCUUCCAUCAGAGCCUUUACCACAACCUCCCUACUUCGGGGUAGGAAACUCGAUCAUGUUUUUGUCAAGACCUUCAAAACUAGAAGAAGUGUUGAAAAAAACUCCUAUCUACAUCACAGUUUGGAACAGAGAUCAGGAGAUGAAUUGUGUAGGUUUUUGUGUUAUCGAAUGGCACGAGUCAUUCUUUGACUGCCUUAAAAGAUCAGCCGAAUUGAAUCCAGUGAACAUGGAUCAAGCCGAAUACAGAGAUACAUCACGACCAGAAAUGGUAACAAACACUGUAGAAUUAACACGACCUUUGCAAUGCGAGGAAGAUUUGAAAGCGUCAGGUGAAAUUGAAUUUUUUAUUCGAUUGACAUGUAUGGGUAAUAGGGUCAUAAGUUAUUUUGUCGCUCUGCCAGAAAUGGAAAGACUGCCAGGGCGAAAAUAUUUAUCGGAUGACUUAAAGCUGAAAGACGUUGAGGUGGUGAGACAUUGGGAAGGUACGACUAUCGAUGCUGUCCCACCUGUAGCUUACUUUUUCGGAGCUCCAGACAUAAUACGAGAGCCAAUAAAACCUGUCGAGGAGCCAAAAGUUUAUGACGACUUUGUAGCACCAUAUGCUUCUAGUGAACUAGCUAUUCUUGCCAUGGGAUUUCCUAAAGGUCCCUGUGGAGGGACUAAUUGUCCUAAGAGAAUGGAUUACAGAGGUAGUCAACACCAAUUCAUUCAUGGGGAAACUGUAAAAGGGAAAUAUCACCAUGGACAAUUUGUGAAUAAAAGGGAUGUCCAUGGGCCUUGUGGUAGACUUGAUUGUCCACUAGCAAAGAAAGUUCGUGCUUAUUUGUGUUCUGAAGGAAGCUACAAGCCUUGUAAAAAACCGUGCAACAAAGACUAUUACUAAUGCAAUAAAUAAAGUUUUACGUAUUUUGGUGAUAAAAAUGACGCUUGCGAUGUUUUUUACGUAUAAAUCAAUGAAACAAUAAAGUAAG